UGGCGCAACACAUACAGGAACAGUUUUCCACCAGCUGCAGAAAAAAAUCCUCCCCGAUCGUUUCUUGUUCAUUCCGCAUUUCUGGUAGCGGUGUGAAAGGGUCAUUUUCGACAAAGAACACCGUGGGACGGUUUUGUUUUGAUUAAGGAGUCGAUUGGAAAUAGUAGAAAGAGUUUUCCUAAGUUUAAAUGUUCUCGUUUUUGACUUUUACUUUUCGGCACGUUUGAGCAUGGCUUCUUUCCAGCUGCUUCUUUUCUUGGGAUACUUUGCGACUGCGCAAGCUGCCAUUGACCUCGACUGUUUCAACGACUAUGAUAAUAUAUUUUGCCGACUGGGGGUGAAAGAGUGUUCACAAUAUACCUUGAUCGUGGAUGAUAUAUAUGACAAAUACAAUCGCUCUUUGGAGAAGUGUAACAGCGAACAGUGCUGCUGCUGCUCUACGACAUUUGAUCCCAUCUCUGGAGUUUAUUCUGUAAAAGUCUUCGAAGGAGUCAACGAAGUGCAUUCAAAAACUUUCAAUGUCCUGAAGAGCUUAAAGCCUAAAACUCCAACGAUUGUGUCCGUGGAUAAAACUGAAGGGAUCUUUACAGUCUACUGGAAGACACACAUGAGUGUGUUACUUGAUAAACCGACCGCUGAAGUAACUAUCUCCAAAAUUGGAACCCAGUGGAAGGUUUCUAGAAACAUCACUCCAGCUACAGCUCAUGGACUAGAGAGUUUUCAAAUAAAUAGUCAAGAUUUGGAGCCAGAUACAAAUUACACGGUCAGCGUGAGGAGCUACACGCUCUACAGUCAUAACUUCAGCGACAUAAGCGAAGAGUUUAAAUUUGAAACCUCUAGCGCACCAAACUCGCUUCUCCUGUGGAUCAUCAUUUCCCUUAGCAUUUUUGGAGUCAUCUUGAUAGUCUCUAUUUACAUCUGCUUUGUAAAAAUCAAGAAGAAGUGGUGGGACAGUUUCUCAGAACCGAAACAACUUUUUGUACCAAUCAGAAAUCCACAGUUUUACAAACCUCAUCACGAACCCACCUCCCCUGUCUGGGUUAAGAGCCUCCCUUCAAGGGACGACGACCAAAUGCUGCCAAUUAAACAGAGAGAAGAUGGCAGUGUGAGUGGCAACAGCAGUGGAGGCUCUUCAGAUCUUUGUUAUGGUCAGACGGAGCCUCUUGAGCCAAAGGACGACAUUUCUGAUACUAUAAAUAAAGCUGUAUUGGAAUGCCUAUCAAAACACUUUACUUUCUCUGGUCCACCUCCUGGUCCCCAAGAUAAAAUGGUGCCUCUUUUCACAUCAAAAAAGCCGAGUUCUGUAUCCUCUGGGAUUGUCAAUCGUAGCUAUUUUAUGUCUCUUUCCAAGUCCCUAGAUCAGUCGAAGGAGGACAGUUCUACAGUAGAAUUCCCAGACAACUCAAUAAAUUCCUGCAAAAGCGACACUGUGGACUGUCCUGACCAACAGAUACCUGCUGGUCUGUUAUCGGCACAGAAAGAUAUUUCAUCUGUCGUGCAGGUAGACAUGUCAUAUCAGCAAUUUAAAGCAGAUGCCAACCAAACCCCUCUUUCAGAAAACAGCAGCUUAUCCUCCACUUUCAGUGGCACCACUACAGCCACCUCGUCUGGGUUUGACUCCAGUAAUGCGUCCAGCUUCAAGAGAUUUGAUGAAGCGAACCCCGACUUCUUAAAAAUGCUGUUGUCAAGCAGUCUGCCUUCGGGGACACGCCACUGUCCUGUAGUUGCAGACGACUACAAGCCAUUUCCAAACAAAGUGGAGCAGCCAGGUGUUCUGCCUUCAGAAAACCAAAGCAUUGACCAUCAAGGUUUGAAUGUGAUUCAAGGCGAGAAAGUCCUCCAGACGCCUCAACCGUGCUUUAUUCCAGAUUUGAAAAAAUGGAAUGGUCCAAGUCCUUCUGUGCUGCAGAUACCACACUUAACCUUACUGUCUUCUGACAAGUCUGCCCCAGUAAUUAUAGUUGGUGGCUAUAAAUGUGUUUAGUUCACCAGCUCUGGCUUAAGGCUUUGUAUGGCAAAAUGUGGAAGCUUCAGGAAACCUUCUCAACUUUAAGAACCAGUUUGUAGCAAUGCCAGCUGUUGGGUCUGUUUCAUGUCAUUUGUAGAGCGGGUGACAUUGGUCAAGUUGUUUUCAAGCAUAGCUGUUUAUUUUCUUCUUUUUUAAGAUUUCAUGUCCUAUUAAACAGCAUCAUCAGGGUUUCAUUGUAUUUUACAUGAAUGAGAAUAAAAUAAGUUGACUAAUAAGUUUACUAAAAACUACAAAAACAAGUUGAACAUGCUUACACAUUUAGCUACGUAUUAUCUAAUGUGAUGGAGAUUUUAUUUCUGCUGUGUGAAAUUGUUUACUUUUUUGCUUGUUUUUCACAAUGUAAAAUAUGUAGAUAUCACGUGUAUAUAUGUUCUGAACUAUGAGCCAGCGGCGUCUGGAACCAACAUUUCUUUUUUUGUAAAUGCUUGAAGAAAGCAGAAUCAAGUAAUAUAUUGUAUUUCUGUAUAAUUUAAUGUGUUCUGUUUGUUCCUUAAAUAAACUUUUUAAUGUGAGUAAAA